AUGAGUUCAGGCUUACGUUGCAAACGUUUGUUUGUUCGACCUGCACUCUCAUUUCGUGCCACGAGAAGCCUGCGCUUGCAGCUCGAUGCUCAACGCACCAUCUAUUCAGACAUGAUCACUUUCCUGAAGUCCUGAGCGUGACUACUGCUAGUUGAUCUCCAUCGUCACAAUGGCGCAGUCCAAGCUGCCUGAGGGCGUCCAUUCGUUUCUGGAUACUGACUUGUACAAGCUGACGAUGCAGUGUGCGAUCUUCAAAUACUUUCCCUCUGUCGACGUCGAGUAUAAGUUCACCAAUCGGACACCCCAGAUGCGCCUCAAUAAGCAAGCGUUCGCAUGGCUAAAGGAGCAAAUCGCAAAGCUGGCAAACAUCAGACUGUCGCAGCAGGAGCUGGAGUACCUGAGGAGACACUGUCCGUACUUGAGCUCAGACUACCUGGACUUCUUUCAAACCUUCCAGUUGCGGCCUUCGGAACACGUCCAUGUUAAGUUCACACCAGUGGACGACGCGUACGGCAAUCUCGAUAUCACGGUCGCAGGGCUUUGGGUUGAGACUAUACUCUACGAAAUACCUCUCCUUGCAUUGACCAGCGAAGCCUAUUUCAAGUUCGUGGACAAGGAUUGGUCUCCCGAAGGACAAGAAGAAAAUGCAUACCAGAAAGGAGUGCGGUUGCUGUCAGCAGGCUGUCUGUUUUCAGAAUUCGGCUCUCGAAGAAGAAGAGAUUUCCAAACCCAAGAUCAGGUGGUCAAAGGUUUGGUGAGGGCAUCAAAAGAAAAGGAUUGGCCAGGCAAACUGACUGGUACGAGCAAUGUCUACUUCGCCAUGAAGCACAGUAUCCCUCCGGUUGGGACUGUGGCGCAUGAAUGGUACAUGGGCAUUGCCGCGCUUACCAACGACUACGAACAUGCCAACGAGCAGGGUCUUCGCUAUUGGCUCGAUUGUUUCGGGAAAGGUGUACUUGGAAUUGCCCUCACGGACACUUUCGGCACAGAGGAUUUCUUCAAAGCCUUCAACAAGCGUAUCCCUGCAAAGACAUCGGCCUCAAGAGACUCGGCCAUGGGCUACUCUGAUGAAAGCAACCCUUCUGCGGAGCAACCUACAUUCGCCGAGGUAUUUACUGGCAUAAGGCAAGACUCGGGAGAUCCCAAAGAGUAUGUCAAGCACGCCAGUGACUUCUACAAGUCUAUAGGGGUGAGCGGGAAAAACAUUGUAUUCUCAGAUGCGCUCAAUGUGGACAAAUGCUUGGAGUAUAAGAAAGUGGCAGAAGAGUAUGGCUUCAAGCCUUCUUUUGGUGUGGGAACUUUCUUCACGAACGACUUCAGCCGGAAAUCCGAUCCACAAACAAAGUCAAAACCUCUGAAUAUUGUCAUCAAGCUGUCGAAAGCAGGCGGCCGACCGGCAGUCAAGAUCUCUGACAACAUUGGGAAGAACACGGGCGACAGUGCAACCGUCCAAGACGUGAAGCGUCGGCUAGGCUACAUCGAACAGGAAUGGAGGGGAGGUGAUGAAUCUAAGAGGUGGUGAACAGGUGAUGCAGUUUGUGAUGUGUCGGACCAUCGGCGAGCAAAGAGCAGAAUGUCGCAGCCUUGCUGGACCCUAGCGACCUUGUGGGUCUUAGAUCGAGGCUCUGUAGAGCUGUGGGGUGUGGCGGGAGGACUUGAUUGUCGAGCCAUUGGGGCGGUCAAACGAUAGUUGCGGGAGACGACUCACCGUUUCCCGAGCAGAUGGCGAUUAAUAUACUGGUGCCUAGAACCUACACAGUCACAGAGUACAAAGGAAUGAUGGACCGUGAUGCGCCCGACGUGCGCCGCCACGAUGAUUACGAUCAUCAUGAUCAGGUGUGUCGCAAAUGAUAGCG